CGCUCCGGUUGCUCCAGCUCUGGGUGUUGGUGGGCUCAGACUAGCUGUCCCUGCUCCGAGUGCCUGGAUGCCGAUCGCCAGCAGGGAGGCUCGCCGCAGGCGGCAAAAGGCUCUCAAAAUGAAGAACUUAAAGAAUGUCAGAUAUAUGAAGUUGAUUUCCAUGGAGACGUCGUCAUCCUCUGAUGACAGUUGUGACAGCUUUGCUUCUGAUAAUUUUGCAAACACAAAACCAAGGCCAGAUGUCACUAACGAAUUGGCCAGCAUUUUUCAUGCCGACUCUGAUGAUGAAACAUUUUGCGGUUUUUCAGAGAGUGAGAUGCAAGAUGGAAUGAGUCUGCAGUUGGACAGGGUCGGCUGCAGGACCCGAAGUCAGUGCCGUCACUCCGGGCCUCUCAGGGUAGCGAUGCAGUUCCCAGCACGAAAUACCCAGAGGCCAGCCAACAAAAGAGCACCCCCCACAAGGCCCCCUGAGAACCCUGCAAACGAUUCCCCAUCUGACUCGGAAGAAGAGGAUGGAAUGAACUUCCUGGAGAAACGGGCUUUGAAUAUAAAGCAAAACAAAGCAAUGCUUGCAAAACUCAUGUCAGAAUUAGAAAGCUUUCCUGGCAUAUUCUCUGGAAGACACUCCUUCCCAGGCCACAGGUCCAAAGACUCAAAGGCACCCAGAAGACGCACGUUCCCUGGUGUGGCUUCCAGAAGGAACCCCGAACGGAGAGCCCGACCUCUUACCAGGUCAAGAUCCCGGAUCCUGGGAUCCUUGGGUGCUCUGCCCACAGAGGAGGAGGAAGAAGAGGAGGAAGAGGAUAAGUUCAUGCUCGUGAGAAAGAGGAAGUCUGUGGAUGGCUACAUGAACGACGACGACGAUGUGCCCAGAGGCCGUCGCCCGGGAUCCAUGACCCUCCCGCAUAUAAUCCGCCCAGUAGAAGAUGUCACAGAAGAAGAGAUCAGGAACAUCUGCAGCAACUCUCGAGAGAAGAUUUACAACCGGUCACUGGGCUCUACUUGUCAUCAGUGUCGCCAGAAAACCAUUGAUACCAAAACAAACUGCAGAAACUCAGACUGCUGGGGCAUCCGAGGCCAGUUCUGUGGUCCCUGCCUUCGAAACCGCUAUGGGGAAGAGGUCAAGGAUGCUCUGCUGGACCCGAACUGGCACUGCCCGCCCUGCCGAGGGAUUUGCAACUGCAGCUUCUGCCGCCAGCGUGAUGGACGGUGUGCCACUGGCGUCCUGGUGUACUUAGCCAAGUAUCAUGGCUUUGGGAAUGUUCAUGCUUACUUGAAGAGUCUGAAGCAAGAAUUUGAAAUGCAGGCAUAGAGCCUGGAGAUUGCUGACGCCUGCCUGCUGCUUCUCAAGACUCCCUUACUCUUGAUGUCAUUGAUCGAAGCCCAAGUAAGAAGCUUGGCGAUCCGUCUGUCUUAGAACUCAGCCAGGUUAAUCUUGU